CUUCCUCUUCCUCUUCUUCAAUCUCCAAUCUCUUCUCAUCAAUGGCAAUCCCCUCCCCAUCAUCAAAGACCAACUCCAAACCUACAUUGUUCAUCUACACAAACCCAACACCACCAAAAAUCUAGUCCAAUGGCACACAUCCUUCCUCCCAAACUCUACACUCGACUCUGGCGAACCUCGUCUCCUCCACUCUUAUCGUCACUCCAUCACUGGCUUCACUGCGAAACUCACUCUCGAAGAAGUGAGAGCUAUGGAGUCGAUGAAUGGAUUCGCUCACGCACAAUUAAGCCGAACAUUGCAGCUCCACACUACAUACACUCCUCAGUUCUUAGGAUUGAGUGACUGGAGCCCGACAUGGGGUGAGUCAUUGUAUGGCGAAGGGACAGUUAUUGGCGUUCUUGACACGGGCGCAUUUUCUGGAGGGGAAAAACAGCUGGUUCUUGAUGCUGAAGGGCACGGGACCCAUGUUGCGGGUAUUGCUGCGGGAAAUUUUGUCGAGGAUGCUGAGGUUCUCGGAAUGGCAAAGGGAUUGGCGUCUGGAGUCGCGCCAAAAUCUCACCUGGCGAUAUAUAAAGUGUGCGAUAGAGGUGGAUGUGAUGAGGGUGAUGUGAUUGCUGGCAUUGAUCAGGCGAUUCGUGAUGGUGUCGAUGUGAUGUUGAUGCCUUUCGGUGGAUUGCCUAAUGAUGUUUAUCGAGACAGUAUCGCAAUAGCUUCAUUGGCAGCAGUGGAGAAAGGGAUCAUGGUUUGCGCUUCAGCGGGCAAUAUUGGACCGAGGAAAAGCACAGUGAGCCAUGAAGCACCGUGGAUUCUUACUGUCGGAGCAACCUCGACUGAUAGAAGGAUUAGAGUGACUGUAAAGCUCGGAAAUGGAAUGAUAUUGAACGGAGAAUCAGCAUUCCAACCGAGUGGAAUUAUCAGUUCAAACCUCUUGCCUAUCGUGUUUCCAGGUAUCGACGGAGAUGUCGCAAGUUUGAAUUGUUAUAGAGGAUCGUUAGAUGAUAUUGACGUCAGAGGGAAAAUCGUUUUGUGUCACAAUGAAGGAACAAAUAAUACCGAAAAGGGUGAUGUUGUUAAGGAUGCAGGAGGAGCCGGAAUGAUAAUCAUGAACCGUCAAAGCCAAGGGUUCACUGUAUCCGCCGAAGUGCACAGUCUUGCAGCAUCACAUAUUAGCUACAUCGAUGGAAGAAAAAUACGAUCUUAUGUUUAUUUAUCCACAAAUUCUACUCCUAUGGCUUCAAUGAUCUUUAAAAGGACUGUUUUCGGUUCUCAUCCAUCGCCUUCAGUUGCAUCGUUUUCAUCAAGAGGCCCGAGCUUGAUGAAUGCAGGCAUUCUGAAGCCCGAUAUCACUGCACCAGGUGUGAACAUUCUAUCAGCAUAUUCCACGAAAAGUAUAGCUUCUACAUCAUUUAACUUCCAGAGUGGCACCUCGAUGGCUGCAGCUCAUGUUUCAGGCAUUAUAGCAUUGAUCAAGAACAAAUAUCCGCGAUGGUCGCCAGCUGCGAUAAAAUCAGCGAUCAUAACAUCAGCACGUGACAUAGAUCUUCAUGGCAACCGAAUAUUUGAUGAAUCAUCUUAUAACAAAUCUGCAGACAUUUUCGCUAUGGGCGCAGGAAUUGUGAAUCCUUUAGGAGCUAUGGAUCCUGGUCUUGUUUAUGAUAUUCGUUAUAAUGAUUACAUUUCUUAUCUCUGUGGCUUGAAUUAUAAUGUUCAUCGGAGUUCAUUUCACUGCAACUCGUCCCUUGAUCCUGAACAACUGAAUUAUCCUUCUAUAUCGGUCUCUUUAAGAGCAGUCUCAAUGAAAACUGUAACUCGAACUGUAAGAAAUGUAGGAGAGGCUCAUGCAGUGUAUUUAGCAAAGAUUGUUGAACCAGAAGGAGUGAGAGUUGAUCUCUCUCGAUAUAGACUUCAUUUUUCCAGGCUCGACCAGGAAGAGAGCUUUGAGAUACGAUUUAGCAUCGAAGAAAGAUACAUGAAGAAAUGUCGAUUUUCAGAAGGGAAACUGUCAUGGAUUUCGAAUAGGCAUAUUGUGAGUAGUCCUAUCUCUAUCAGAUUUUAAUGAAGUGCAUGAUACAAUUAUUA